CGAGCGAGCGAACAUGAAUGAAAUUUUGACAUCAAGCGAACGUGGAAAUGUCCGCCUCGAAAACGUAAAUAAAUGGCCACCGUUGUUGUUACGUUUAUCAUAACCACUAGGUUUUAUGUUUAUAAAAUGGACGACGAUCGCCAAGAACGGCGGAGGGAUUUCAAUUUUUCCCAGCGAGAGAAACGGUGGAGUAUGAACUCGCAAAGGUUGGAGGAGAUAGUGGCGGAGUUGAUGAAGCCCAUCAGCGACGUCCGCCGCAGCUUCGACACGGACCUAAGCGCGCUUCUGGAGGAGUACCUGACGGAGGCGGGGCUCCACGCCCUGGAAUCUGAAGAGGAAGUAGUUCCUCAACCGGCCGUAAACUUCGCGGAGCUGGCGCUAGUGUUGCAGCACUCGGCGUCGGUGUACGGCCGCAAGGUGGAUCUGCUGUACCAGCGGGUGCUGGACGUCAGCGACGACCUCCUGCACAGCACACAAGAAAUAGCAAACGUCACAAACGAGGAGCCAGCGACCCCCAGUGCGAGGCGGAGGCGACGCGCGUCACAGGCGAUCGCGGGAUUCGACAGCAUCGAGCUGAGCAGCAGCGGCGCGGCGCGGCGCGAGACUGCGGCGCCGCGGCCGCCGCCCACGCUGCCGCGGAUCUACAUCGAGCUGGAGCCCCGCACUAUGGCCGACUGCGACGUGCCGCUCACGGACUAUGAGGGGGAACCCAUCGGGCUGCUUUCUGAUUUCCAUGUCACUUGGAGGUUACAGGACGGGGUGCUUGUGGACGAGCUAGAAGGCAGCGGCGCGUCGUCGCGCGGCAGCGUCCGGCCCAUACCGCUGGUGGAGCUGUCGGCCGCCAUCGCGGCUGCGGCGCCCCCCGACCCGCCGCCGCCGCCGCCGCACUCCUCCGCCCCCGCACACGAUGACACGCUGGAUUCGGCGAUCGAGAUGACGCCCGUGCCCAAGACCAAGACUGAGAGGAAGAGAAAGUGUGAAGCGAAAAUUGACGACGUGGGACGGGUUACGUUACUUAUCAGUAAAGCGUUACGGCGCGAGCUGUCUACGGUGCGGGAGUUCAGUAUAUCCCACGAGUGGGUCAGCUCAGUGGUGGGCGCGAGGAAGCGCAGGAUCCUGGGCUUGCGCCACGACCACAGGAAAACUAGGGUGAAGGAACUUAUAGAAUUUCGUGGGUUUGAUUGUUCUGCGGCUUGCGACACUGGGGGUUUCUUGGGUUGGACCGACGCGGAAGGCAUCCGAGCGACAGAGCUGGCGAGGGAUUCUCUGAGGCCUGUCGACGCGGCCGCAGACAGCGACGACGACGGCUUCUUCGAGCAGUCCUCGCUCGGGGACUCCGACGGCUCCAGGGUCGACGACACCGCGCCUCACGCGCAUCACGUACAGUGCGCCGAGGACAGCGACACGUGGCCUGCGCUGGACGUGUCCGCGGCGGCCGCGCGUGCGCUGGCGGCGCUGCCUGCGGUGCCUGGGACUGCAGCACGCGCCUUCCCCGCGCUGCUGGGCGCCGCGCGCGCCGCCGCGCACGACGUGUCGGCGCUGUUCCUCGCUACAUUGUUCUUGGCGAAUUCGGGCAACGUGGAAAUAGUGCAAGGUCCCCCUCUGUCGCUGAACUCGUUCUCGGUGCGGCUGCUGUCGCGCGACCAGGACAAGUUCGCCGCCGCCACGGCCGCCGCGCUGGCCGACGGCGUCGCGAGGAGCUGAGCGCCCGCCCCACUGAACUGUGGAAUAGUUAAAAGUGUUACUAACGAUAAAUUACUAUGACACAGAGAGUUUACGUUGACAUCAAUAACAAAGUGAGUUAGAAACAAUGUGUGUUUGACUUGGAUAUUUUGACUCCAUAGUACUUUUUGUACUAAAUUCAUAUAAACAUGAAUAGGCAGAGACUAUUUCCACUUGCAAAAAUAAAAGCAACAAAGUCUAUGAAAUAGAUUGUUUCAAUAAAUUUGAGUACAAGAUAUCAGAAAUAUCAUGUGUUCUAUUAUGAUAUUGUGACAUUAAUAUUGAUAAGAAUCAUGAAGAGACAUAUUUUUAGAUUAUACCCAGAUGUAAUUUAAAUAAGAAUUUAUUUUUAUUGUAAUUCUGUUCAGUGUCUGUGAUGAAAAUCGUGUGAAUUUCAAAAUGGUUUCUAAAACUGAAUACUAUAAUCUAAGGCUGCUUUUCCAUGAAAUAAUACUAGUUGGAUGAUAAUGUGUGACGAAAUUUUCUACCAAAUGGUUUAUUUAGGGCGUUCGGUGCAUUGAGCGAGCGCCCGAGACUGUCUAGCUGUCUCAUUCUCAAAUCUUACAAAUGGCACUAUGAGACGACUCGCGACGGAUUUCGCAAGAUUUUUGACGCCGCAUGUGGCCCCUUACCACAACACACGCCCAACCAAUACCAGUGAUUGAUAUUUUCCUGGCAUACUCCUUAUAGAAAAGCAAUCUACUUAUAUUGUUAUACAUGAUUGUAACAAAAUACCAUAUUUGUGUAUUUUACCUGUUUACAAUUUGUACAGAGAGUUAUAUUAGAUUAAGAGAGAAUUUAUAUUGAUCUGACUUCGUUUUAAAAGUCAUUUCACGGGUGAACAAACAUAAUAAAUAAAUUAAUAAUGCUGUGUUUAGUUCUUAGCUAUAGUGACACUACAUUUCUCUGUAACAACGAGUUCCCCAUCAUUGUUAACAAAAAGUUAUUUCAUUCAAAGGGGUGCUAGUAUUUGGUAUAAGUAAGGUAGCAGAAAGCAUGUUUGAAGCAGCAAUAUUGUUUGUCAGCCGUAUCACCAACACAAAGAUUUUAAUUUACUUACAAUAUUUUGAGGAGUACCUAUAAAAGAAUGUUAAAAAGGGAAUCAAACCCUUUUUAAUUACUUAUUAAAAUUAAUACGAAAGAUUACGUACACGGUAUUAACACGUUCUUGACAUUAGUCGGCAUCGUAAAUCAAUGGAAAUCAUGCAUGAUCUACUUGAUUUCGCACCAUUUUAUUAUUAUUUUUAUUAUAUUUUUUGCUUGGGUAGCUAAUUAAUUCCUAUUUUGAAGUAUUCAUAUAAUAUUUUGUGUUUAUGAAAGUGAAUUAUGGAAUAUUUGUACAUAUAGAAUUUUAAUCUUUUAUUUAACAUAUUAUGUUCCCUUUCUUUUUAAAGAACUGUAGAAUGGUACCUAUCUAACAUGCAUGAUAACCAAUCAAUGUGCAUUCUAGUGCCCUGGUUCCAUUAUUUGGGAAUAAUAAUAAUUAUUUGUAUGUUUUAUCCUUACAUGUCGAGUUGUAGUGAAUAUUGUAAAUUGAACUAUGAAAUAACAGCAGCUUGUUAGCACAGAACUUUCAAAUGUAAAAUACCAAUUUAAAUAAUUGUACCAUUUUUAGGCAGUUUUAAUCUGAAACUAUUACGAGGUUUUCUUUUAGAAUUUAAGAUGGUUGUUGUAGGUUAAGCAGAUUCAUAUAGAGUAUAAUAAUAGUGUAAUCAAUUCUAUUUCUACAAAUUAUUUUUAUGUAUUUUUCCGAAGAAUCUGAAAGCAUCUACACACAUUGCAAUAUGUGGUUGCAGCAGAAAGUGAUGCAGCUAUACAAAAGAAAGAAAAGUAGUAAGGACCUCCUUUUCUAUUAAAUCUAUUUCUAUUGAAGUGACAGAUUGCAAUAUUAUGUAAACAAUUAGUAUGCAUCGUGGUGCAGAUUACAUUGCCUGGGUUAUUAUUAUUCCUAUUAAUAAAAUGUUUGUACUAAAUCAAUUUCCAUCAGGUAGGUAUAUAACUCAGAGAAGUUAACUCAUAAACUUGUAUUUCAUUUAUUUCUUCCAUUGUAAUGGGCUUGACAUCACAAACCCAAAAAGAGAAGCAGUUUUAGUAUUACAUGCCUAUUGACUGUUGAUGAACACAUUCUUGUGUUCAGUGAGCAAUUUUAUUUUUGUGAACUGCUUAGCUAGGUGCAUAAAAAAUCCAGUGGCUAUGAUUUAAACUCAAACAUGGUAUGUGUCACAUUUUUUUUAUUUCAAAGAAAUAACAUUGUAUUUUUUUUGUUUAUAGUCUAUCAAAAAUGGUAAGUAUCUACCGUCCUUAGUAGAUAAAAAAGCCAAAGUGUACAUAUGUAACAAAUUUUAAUAAAAUAAUGUGUAAAUUUGUAUAAAUUACUUAUAAAACAAUUAUUUAAAUGA